AAACUUGUCGCUGACUAGCUGUAAGCUCUAUAUACUCUUUCAGCAGCCACCGUAAAAACCCAUGUGAGACUCUCACUUUCCUUAUUCUUCUUCCAAUCCCAUUUUUCUUCUUUCAGCACUCUUCCUUGCUUCUACUGUCUUUCGGGUCAUUUCUGAUGGACCCUAAGUUCGCCGGAAAGCCCAUUCAGGCCCAAUUUUAUUCGGGUCAAACCGACCUCGAUCAGAUGCAGGAUACGCCAACCCGUGGGGCACGCCACCGCCGGGCACAAUCCGAAACCUUUUUCCGCUUUCCGAGUUUCGAUGAUGAUAUGCUACUAGACGACGUCGUUUCAGACUUUAGUCUCGAUGUUCAGGCGCCUACCCUUAUGCAGCCAGCUAAUUCGCCUGAUUCUUCGUCUACUGGACCGGCGUUGUCGGCUGGACCUUCCGAUAAUCCUAAGCCGCUGGCUCACUACCGUAGUCUAUCUGUUGAUGCUGAUUUUUUCGAUGGACUGGAUUUUAGUGCUGUGCCGACGGAGAAGAAGAUGAUGGGUUCUGAGCCACGUCAUAGGCAUAGCAAUUCAAUGGAUGGGUCUUUUGAUACGUCGUCGUUUGAGUCUGAAUCGCUUUCUGUCAAGAAGGCUAUGGCUCCUGAUAGGCUUGCUGAGCUGUCCUUGAUUGAUCCCAAAAGAGCCAAAAGGAUCCUAGCAAACAGACAAUCUGCUGCACGUUCUAAGGAGCGAAAAACUCGUUAUACUAGUGAGCUAGAGAGGAAAGUGCAGACUCUGCAAACUGAAGCCACCACUCUAUCUGCUCAGAUCACAGUUCUACAGAGAGACACUUCUGGAUUAAAUGCUGAAAACAAAGAACUGAAAUUUCGGUUGCAAGCUUUGGAACAACAAGCACACCUUAGAGAUGCUCUAAAUGAAACGUUGAGGGAAGAACUGCAGCGUCUCAAGAUUGAAGCAGGCCAACUUCCAGGUGCUAAUGGAAAUAGAGGAAUGCGUCCUCGUUUACCUCCCCAACCACAGUCCUUCGUUCAAUGUGGUAAUCUCCAUGCACAACACCAGCAGCCACACAUUCCCCGUUCGCCUGCAAGUAACCAAACUGUCUCUGGGCAAUCUCAAAAUAGCUUCUUCAACUUCAAUAGGGCUUGAAUGUCUCAAUUGCGACUGGUGUGGUUGGUAAUUUAUCAAGUAGAGGGAUUUGUAAAUAUUGGUAUAUGUAGAUUGUAGAUUGUUAAGGGUUAUUGAACAAGUAUUGUUCAGCUCAAUAUCUUGUAACUUAUCAAUAUUUGCUACAUCUUGUUAAAACAUUUUACAUUAUCACAUACAAUGUAUUCUUUCGAUAA